AUAAACGGGUUCUCAUCUGAUCGUCACAAUACACACACAGACAUUCAGAAGCACAUGAUUAUUUUGAAUUCAAGAAGAGUCGUCAAAUUCGCAUAAAAUUCCUCCAUCAGUUAUGGGCGAUUAUGAUGGAAAAAUGACGAUGAAAGCAGAAGACAUUCUGCAUGUUCUUCGUGACGGCAUUGCAGUACUUCCUGGAGGACGAUGUAGAGCCGGACAAGCAGUUAUCGUAUGUCCAUCACGAGAGCAACCUGUCAAUCAGGAUAAUUUACGCAAUGUCUUUCUGUAUUUAUUUGAAGUUACUUCGAAGAUGGCACGCGAAAAGGGAUUCCUUGUGGUAAUUGAUAUGCGUGGAAAACAAACAUGGACCAAUGUUCGACACAUUCUGAAAGCUCUCAGUAGUAUUGAAAGCUCAUCAACAGUACAAGUGUUCAUCAUCAAGCCCGAAAAAUUCUGGGAGAAACAAAAAGCACAAAUGUCCCUUGGAACGUGGGAUUUUGAAGUUGAAAUGAUCUCAUUCGAAUCGCUUAUCAAAAUAAUCGACUCGUCACAUUUACCGAAAACCGUCGGCGGAAGCUAUCCAUAUGAUCAUGAUGAAUGGCUUGAGCUCAGGUUGGAUCUCGAGAAAUGGAUCUGGAAUAUCACUGAAAUUAUGGAAAAGCUCGAGUCUGUACGUCGAGAAAUUUGCGAAGGCGAGCAGCCUGUCGAUGUGACAACUGCCAACGCUGCGCUGAAAAAGAGCCAACACGCAAAGAAUAGUAUAUUUAAUGUUCCGGUGGAAGGAAUUGAGACAGAAGGGAAUAAAAUUGCAACUCGAAUAUUAAAACCGUCGAAGGGUGUCAAAAACCCGGACCUUGAAGCGACAACCCCAUAUAUUUCAAAUUUGACCGAUUCGCUCAGGUUGCUCAAAGGCGAAGUAGCCAAGAAUUGGGAAGUUCGACAGAUGGAACUUUCAAAAGUGUACCAGCAGAAACAAUUUGAACGUGACGCAGAACAUAUGAUUGAGACGCUUCGGCCGUACAAAAAAGCCUGUGAACGUAGUAUGGGUGAUGUUGGUGGUUGUGCAAACGAUGUCGUUCGGCUCUCUGCGGAGUUUGAGCAGUUCCAGAUUGCUGUGAGAGGUAUGGAAGUGUCUGUGAAACAAGUUUUCGACAAGGAAAAUCAUUUGAGAACUAUUGGAGCCCGGAAUCAGAUUACCGAUCACGUGGCGGCACGACUUGCCGAAGAAUGGCACCUAGUCAAAGAACUCAUGGAGAGGCGGAGUGCAGUUUUGCACAAUGCCAAAGAAUUCUUUACGUCAGCUCAACGAUAUUUCGCAGAAGUACCCAGAUGGACUGCACAACCCGGAGUAAAUCCAAACGAUGUGCUCUUCAAUCAGGAGUCGUUGGAAGAAGCCAUUCGAAAACAUGACGCAUUUUGGGCUCAAGUUGAAGAGGUUUAUGCGCAAGCUUAUGAUGAUGCGUCAAAAGUGACAAGAGCUCUGAAAGAAGCUGAUGCUGAAGAUAAUGUUGCUAGGGAGCAUUCGAGUAGACUGCAAAGGGCACAUAAGCAGUUGAUGGAAAAGUGGAAAGAAAGACAGGUUCUGCUCCAUCAUAUGCUUGCAAUGAUUGCGUUUGAAACCGACGUGAGGUUAGUCGUCGAUUGGCUCGAACAACACGGUGAACCGUAUCUUCGACGUAACAUUCAUAUUGGUGAAAACGUGAAUCAGGCGAGAAGCUUCCAGAGGAAUCACACAAAUUUUCAACGGGUUGCUGCGAAUACCUAUGGUAACGUGCAAAAGCUUCAUCAAGUCUAUCAGGAUGUGACUAAAUCUGGCAGUAAAAUCUGCGACGUUGACACUAUGCACGGUCUCAUGACGGAUCUAUCGGCAAAAAUUGAGAAGUUCACGAAGAUCGAGAACUCUCGGGAGCUGCUGCUACGGCAAUCGGUUCUUUUUCACACUCACUAUAAAGAGUUGACGGAUUGGUAUGGAAAAAUGGGCGAGAAGUAUAAGGAUCGGAGGAUAGAUCUGACGGUUCCAACUUGUGAUAAGAAUAAGGAACGAUUUGUGUUGGAGACUGACGAGACUGCUCAAGCAUACGCCAUGACAAUAGACGAAGGGAAGACGCUGAUCGAAAUGAUGCAGAGAGCUACACGGGUUUUUGAUGUUGAUUACUCGGCUAGUGUUGCACACAUUCAACUGCUUAUCUCAGAUAUUGAAGACAAGAACACACAGAUCUCAUCAGAAUGGUCUCCACGACGAACUCUCCUACACAUCGCCUCAAAGUUUGCCAUGUUCGAACAGAAUCAGUUUGAAGUGUUGGAACAGAUCAAAAGUUGGGAAGUUGAUAUGCGAGAAAUGGCAGAAUCUGACUCAUUUUACGACAAGGCUGAUUCGGUUUUACCAUUCCAUAAAGAUAACCAACAACAAGUUCGCAACGCGAUCGCGGACAUUCAAAAAUCUGCAAAAGAGCUAUCGCAAGCUUUGUAUAGUCAAAAGUUGACGGAUCUUCGGGACAAACGGGAUAGAGUGGUGCUCGAAGCAAUACGAGAGCAUGUUCGAGAACUUGAAAUUGCCGAAUCCCGAGUGAUGACGUACGCGAAUGAAACUUCAAUGAGAAUGCAAGCAGCUUCGGAAGUCGGUGAUCUCAGAAGGAUAUCCAAUAGUGUUUGUAAGCUUAUUGAUAAUCAAUUAUCAGCCCUCACGCAGCUAGGAGUCAUUCCAAAUGACUAUAAUGAUACUGUGCAAAAGCAAGAAGAGUUGAGAGCUUUUCGUGAUGCAGUUCAACAUAAGCUCAAGGAACCGUAUGACGCAUUUGUUAUAAGAUUUCGAGAGCUGAUGGAAAAUCGGCUGGCGAAUCGAGAUGAAGUAGUCUACCACAAUGAAGCAAUUCAAGCUAAAUACUGUCGACUCAUGAAUCUUUGUGAAGAUCGGAAUAAGUUACUAAAAUCCGCACAUGGAUGCUACAAGACCUAUGAGACAGCAGUGCUUCCAAUACUCAAUCAGUUGGAGUCUGAAUAUCACUCUCCGACGGUUACGGAUUGGUGUGCAGGAUGUACAUCUUCGAUCGACGCCGAUCGAGCAGCUUAUGUGGCAGAUCUGCUCAGCAAGCACAUGGACUAUAAAGAACGAUUCGGUAAAGGAUGUACGUAUGCGCUGAGAAACGGUGACUUUCUGCUACGUUAUAUUCGAAGAUCGACGGUGAACCAAAGUGAACGGAAGCGACAUGAAACGAAGAUUGCUGACAUGAAGAACAAUAUUCGAGAACGACAAUCGAAUAUUCUCGAGCUAUGGAUGCAGAAAAAAUUGUUGUUGGAAGGAUGUCAGUCCUUCAUUUUCAUAGAAGCCAGUGCGAAAGAACUUUUGGAAUUUAUGAAAGGCGAAGGUAAUCGAAAGUUGAAGCAUUUUGAGAAGAAGGGUCGUCGAGAGUCAACCGAUGAUGACGAUGAAUUCGCAAAGUUCAAAUCUGAAGUGAAGCAGAAGAAGACGGAUAUUCAGACGUUCUUAAUGCUGAGCACAAAUGAAACUAUGAGCCGAGGGGUUCACGGAGACGAAAUUGAUAGGUGUAUUGAGCAGGUGAAAGAUGAGUUCAGUCGAUUCUCACGACGUGUUGGGGACUGUGAAGUUGUAUUGAGAGGGGAAAAUGGAUCAACGCAGUCGUCGAAAGACGAAUUCUCACUUGAUCGACACUCGGAUACUGCCAUAUUCAAUGAGAAGAAGAUCAAUGAACGACGUGAGGAGAAUCGAAAGAUGCUUGAGCCAAUGCGAGAGCUUAUUCAAUCCGAACGGGAUUAUAUCAAAGAUCUCGAGAGAUGUGUUAACAUAUACGUCAAGGAAUUUGAUCAAGCUGCGAAGAAUGGAACAAUUCCGACGUUGAAUCCGCUGAAAUAUGAAAUUUUCGGAAACAUUGAGAAGAUUUUCAAGUUUCAUAAUGACAAACUUCUUCAUGAGCUUAUCAAGUAUGAGAAUCAACCAGAAGCUGUUGGUGCAUCGUUUAUAGUUUGGAUUGAUUUGCUCAAUGAGCUCUACACGGAAUAUUGCGUGAACAAGGAGCAGAAGAACCAUGUCAUCGCGACACCCGACGCCGUUUCGUUUUUCACCGGUAUCCGAGAACGACACGGAUUGGAGAUCAAUAACGAGAUUGCGAGUCUCUUGAUAAAGCCUGUUCAGAGAAUAACACGCUAUCGUCUGUUGAUUGAGCAAUUGAUGAGAAGUUGUACGGAUAAGACGAAUGAUCUCAAAGAGGCGUACGAAGUGGUGUGCAGUGUGCCUAGAAAAGUGAACGAUCUCAUUCAUUACAACUGUUUGGAUUUGAAGGAUUUCAAGGUUGAUGAGCUUGGACCAUUUGUCACUCAAGACACUUUGACGUUCUGGGAGCCACGAGCCUACUUUAAGGGACGAGGAAAAGAGCGUCAAGUAUUCUUAUUCGAUAUUUCGAUUGUUUUCGCUAAACGCAUUGAAGUUUCACCGAAAAAUAUCAAAUAUGUGAUCAAAGGAAAGCCCCUUCCACUAAGCGAAGUGUCAAUUGUGGAGCACGUCGAAGGCGACACUUGCCGAUUCGGUCUUCGUGUUGGAACUGUGUCGUCGAACGAUAAUCGCAUUGAUUUGAAGGCCAACAAUCAUCAUACAAAAGUGAAAUGGGUUCAGAAAAUCCGUGAUCUAACAGCUGGAAUGUUGCCAUUGGGUCUUGGAGUAUCGGAGGCUUACUCAGUUGGAACACUAUCGACAGCCCGUAGUGUCUCAGUGCGAUCAGGUGCAUCCACGUCGUCUGGUGGUGAGAAUCGACAAUCACAGGAUGUCGAGUCACUUUUACGCCAUCGAUACAGUGUUCACAGUUGUGAUAGUGAGCAGUCAUCGGAGGUCUGGAUCGUGACGGCAGAUUUUGAUGGACAAGUCGAAGGGCAUUUGACUGUGCAUAAAGGGGAUCGAGUUGAGAUUGUGGAAGACCAAGCCACCGAUUGUGCCGAAUACGUGCAAGUGGUACUGUGUGAUCAGCCAACGAAACACGGACUCGUACCCGCCUCCAUAAUUGCUCCACCCGAAUCUGGAAGUGUACCUGACCGCCCAGACGACUCGAAUGCCUCGGGAUCGACGGUGUCGAAGCGAAAAUCGUUGCGACGAAUCUUCGCCAACUCCAGCAAGGAGCGGGCCGCAGCAGCAAACUCGUCGUCGUCAAACAACAACAGCCCGGCAACGAGGCAGUCGACGUCUACAUCAUCUCCAGUCACUGCCAACGGACAUACUACUGAAUCGUCAACUUCUGCACCAAUUGGAGUACUUUCAUCUGGAGAACCAACAUCAUCGAACUCGAUUCCAUCUUCAUCGACACCAACACAUACCGUCCCGUCUUCAGUCCCCGCAACAGUCAUUCCGAUCGUUGUUGCAGAAGACGAGAAGGCCGAGGAUUGCCUACCCCCACCGAUGGAAAAUAUCACCAUCAACAAUAGCAUCGACGAGAAGGACAUGAACGAGGAUUCGGUAGCAGCAUCAGACGCCGUUGAGCCGGAAGUCGCUUUACCUGCAAAGGUGGAGAAGACGCCGGAAGAGACGGCUCGAUUCAAGAGAUCAUAUGUGCUGAUGGAGCUCGUCGAGACUGAGCAGGAUUAUGUGAAAGACUUGACGUCGGUUGUCGAAGGCUAUAUUGGGAAUUUGAACAAGAUGGAUCUUCCAGCUGAUCUCGUCGGAAAGGACAAAAUCAUUUUCGCGAAUAUAGUCAAUAUUCUUGAGUUCCACAAAACAAACUUCCUGAAAGAGAUUGAAAAGUGUUCCGAGAAUUACGAAGCCGCCGGAGCCGCGUUUGUCAAGUACGAGAGACGGUUACACACUCUGUACGUGACGUACUGUCAAAACAAGCCAAAAUCCGACUAUCUUUUGGCGCAAGAUGAUUUUGAGGCAUUCUUCGCAGACACAAAAGCAAAAUUAGGACACAAGGUAGCGCUGUGCGACUUGCUUAUCAAGCCGGUGCAGCGAAUCAUGAAAUAUCAAUUGUUGCUCAAGGAUAUUCUCAAGUUCACCGAACGAGCAAAGGAUAAGACCGAUACGCUUAAGAAAGCGUUACAGGUGAUGCAUGUUGUUCCAAAAGCCUGUGAUGACAUGAUGCAAGUCGGUCGUCUGCAAAACUUUGACAAAAGUCUCUCAGCUCAAGGCAAACUUAUUCAUCAGGGAACACUGCAGAUCAGUGAAUCGAUAGCCGGAAACGUACAAAAACCGAAAGAUCGACGAAUUUUCUUGUUUGAGCAGUCGGCGAUCAUCGCAGAUCACAUUCCGCCGAAGAAGGAGUUCGGAAAUCCCACGUACAUUUUUAAGAGUCAAUUUAUGGUAAACAAAAUGGUGUUCGAGCCAAAUGUGCCGGAUGAUCCGCUUCGAUUCGUCAUCAAGAGCUCCGAUCCAACACAGCCGACAAGCUUCAUUGCGAAUGCACAAUCACAAGAGGAGAAGGACGAAUGGAAUCGCAAAAUGAGCGAGCUACUCGAUCAACAAAAACGAUUGCUCGCAGCUCUUGUGGAUCCGAGACGAUACAACGAUAUGUCCAGCGGAAUGGGAGAUCUGAGUUUAGGUGCCCCUGGAGGUGACAGGAGAGGCGCUCCAUCAUCAGCAAACAGAUCAGCAGCAUCAUCAUCGAAAAAGCCAGCAGAAUCUCCGAAAAAAGAGGGAAAAUCAAAAUCGUCGCUGUUCUCGUUUGGAAAGAAACCGGCGAAAUCGCCGACCUCUCCGCCACCGUUGGACGCGGCUGCAGCCGGCAAAUUCCAGAAGGUUGCUGAUGAUCAAGUAAAUCUAGAGACGGAUGAAAAGGUUAAAGUGCUAGAUGUGAAAAAUGGAUAUGCAAGUGUGAAGAAAGCCGACGGUACUGUUGGGAAGUGUCCCAGCUACUUUUUGACAAUGUCAGACAUACCAGGAACAAAUUUUGCGGAACAAAUUCAAUAUCGUCGAGAAUGGCAACGUAGAGUGGAUGAGACGGACGUUGAAUACGGUCCUAGUGCAUUUGAUACUGCCACGUCAUCAACGGACAAUUUUGACGUUCUUCUGGAGUUGACGACAUGUGAGAGACCAGUUGUGGUUGAGGAUAUGAAAGAUAUUGAAGUUGUCGAGGGAAAUGAUGUUGAAAUGUGUCCGAUUAUUUCUUCGCAUACAGACUUCACCGUAAUAUGGCAUGGACCAGCGGUUGACUCAAAACGAGCUAGAAUCCAGACAAAUCAACUGAACAGUCGACUUUUGAUUAAACACGUAAAAAAGUGUGAUGCCGGUGCUUAUUCAGUAAUAGCAAAAAACUCAUUUGGAGUGACGUCCACUGUCGCAUUUCUCAGUGUUAUUUCAAUUCCAGAUCCUCCAACCGAUUUUACCGUGAAAAUAAGCGGUGAUCAUGAGGUUCGCCUAAAAUGGAAAGCGGAAUCAGGCUUGAAGUACUGCAUUGAGUACCGUAUUUUGGACGACUCAUCUCCAGAAAAUUGGCUAAUCGCGUCGACGAACAUUGAGAAAACACAUGUUUCACUGCGAAAUUUUGCUCGAAACAGUUAUUCAUUCCGAGUUUUUGCAUAUAAUCAACGGGUCAGGAGUGCACCAUCACAGUGUAUUUGUAUCUGUUUUGAUGGAACGGAAAUGUGAUUUUUUUAAAUAUAAUAAACCGUUGAUAUAAUAAAAUAAUUUUUGAUA